AUGGCUAGUACUAAUCGUUCAGUUAACUGUUCAACGGCAUUGCAGAGACUGAAACAAGAUUACUUAAGGCUUUCAAAGGACCCAGUUCCUUAUGUUACUGCUGAACCACUUCCGACUAACUUGUUUGAGUGGCAUUAUGUUAUCAAAGGACCUGCCGAUUCACCUUAUAAAGGAGGUUAUUACCACGGGAAACUUAUUUUUCCCAGAGAUUUUCCAUUUCGGCCCCCUUCAAUAUACAUGAUAACACCAAAUGGUCGUUUUGCAUGCAAUACAAGACUUUGUCUAUCAAUAAGUGAUUUUCAUCCAGAUACAUGGAAUCCUGCAUGGUCUGUUUCAUCUAUACUAACAGGCCUACUGAGCUUUAUGUUGGAGAAUACGUGUACUAUGGGUAGUGUCGUGACGUCAACAAGCACUAAAAAGCAACUAGCCAAAAGCAGCGGGGAUUUUAACCUUAAGUCUGAAAUUUUUUGUGAACUAUUUCCUGGAAUUGUUAAAGAAAUUCGUGAAAAUCUCCUAGCUGAAGAACUUCAUAAUAAACUAUUGAAUUCAUCGAAUCAACGUCAAUUACAAUCUGAUGGAACGGCUACUAAUAAUUCCGGUGUAAAUGGUGAAAAUAGAAAUGAAUGGCAUAUUUCCAAAUUAUUUGUCUUGAUUGUAUUCAGUAUAUUUGCUUUUCUUGUACAACUUGUUAUGAGAUUUUUAGAACCUGUUUGAUAGAAAUUAUUCCUAUUGAAUUGGUUAUAUAUAUGUACUCUGCUGUGGUGUUAUUUCACCGCUAUCAAUACAAACAUAAACUAUGAUAAAACAGUAAUGAUAUAUAUUAAUUAUCACAUAAUAUAAUGUGUAAGCAAGCAUAUUGAUCAUUGUCUCAUUCGUUGAUCAUUGCCUACUCUUAUUGUUCUUUCCAAUUGUAAGAUUACUACUACUACUACUUCAUGUGUAAUCAAUCAUAUCCAUUGAUUGAUCGGUUGAUUGAUUGAUUGUAGAUUUCAAUUUGUUAUUAUUCUUAUUAUUAUUGUAAUUAUUUUUUUUGAUUUUCUUCUUCUGUUUAUGAAUUAAGUGUCACAUGAUGUUUAUGAACAACAUAACACACUAAUGUACCUACAAUUGUUACAGUGUGUGUGUGCGUGUGAAUAACUUUGUUGUGUAAUAUAUAUAUAAUUAAUAAGUAAACACAAGAACAAUAUGUAUAGAUAGUGAUGAUAAUAUGAUUUGUUUUUAUUUUAAAUUUAUUCUACUAUUUACUUACUUACUUACUUAUUAAUGUUUUUAAAAAUACAU